GAGCCGCCGGCAGCCGAGGCGGCAGGGACCGGCGGGUUCCGCCCCUCUGUGAAAGGCGCGGUCGCUGGCAGGCGGCAGGGCCGAAGGCUACGGCGCGGCGUGCCCGGAGCCACCCGGUGGGCGGGAAGGGAGAGCGGAGCCCGCCAGCCCAGCUGCGAGUCUAUGGUGCUGGAGGACUGAGUGCCUGGGGCGGGCGUGGCCCUGCAGGCGCUGGGCCAGCGGCGGUCCCGGCCUCAUUCUUCAGCCCCGGUCCCGGUGGCGGCGCGGCGAGCACCAUGCUGGCCACUCAGUUCUGCAUCAUGAGGAAGCUUCCUUCUCUUCUGGCUAGGACACUCACUUCUGGGGCCAGUGGCUCCCCUGUGCUUCCUGACAUGUCUGAAGGACACUUACCCAUUCAUGUGAAUAAUGUGCGGAGCAGAUUGAGGGAUAUAGUGGGAGCAUCUACCAACUGGAGGGAUCAUGUGCAAGCAAUGCAAGAAAGAAAAGCUCUUCAUACUCUACUGGCAAAACAGCAGGAAGAUCUCCCUCCUAGAAGAAUGAAAGAUAGCUACUUGGAAGUUGUUCUGCCUCUAGGAAGUCAGCCUGAAAUAAGAGAAAAAUAUUUGAAUGUGCAUAAUAGUGUCAGGUUUGGAAGGAUACUUGAAGAUCUUGACAGUUUAGGAGUUCUUAUUUGCUACACUCACACCAAGCAGGAAAUGCAGCCAAGGUCUCCCUUAUCAAUAGUUACAGCUCUGGUGGAUAAAAUCAAUUUGUGCAAGAAGAUUAUCUAUCCAGACUGUGACAUCAAAUUCACAGGCAAUGUUUCUUGGGUUGGAAGGACUUCAAUGGAAGUGAAGAUGCACAUGCUGCAGCUCCACGAUGGUGAUUACAGCCCUGUGUUAGAUGCAACCUUUGUCAUGGUGGCCCGGGAUCCAGAAAAUAAACGGCCAGCAUUUGUUAAUCCACUCAUUCCUGAGACCCCUGAGGAAGAAGAAAUCUUCAAGCAAGGGGAAUUGAACAAGCUGAAGAGGAUUGAUUUCAGCACUGCCUCCUUAUUGAAAAUGGCUCCCACUGCAGAAGAAAGAAACAUUGUUCAUGACAUAUUCCUGAAUACCUUGGACACAAGGACAGUAAGUUUCCGGAGUCGUAAGUUACCACCCAAUUCUGUAUGGAUGGAAGAUGCAAAGCUAAAAGGCCUACAGAUUUGUCAUCCUCAGGAACGGAACAUCUUCAAUAGGAUCUUUGGGGGUUUUCUCAUGAGAAAGGCAUUUGAACUAGGAUGGGCAACUGCUUGCAGCUAUGGGGGUUCCAGGCCUUUUAUUGUAUCUGUUGAUGAUAUCAUGUUUCAGAGGCCAGUUGAGGUGGGAUCCCUGCUACUCCUUUCUGGACAGGUCUGUUACACAGAAAGAAACUACAUCCAGAUUCGAGUACACAGUGAGGUCUAUGAUGCAGAUACCAGAGAGAACCACACAACCAAUAUCUUCCAUUUUACAUUUAUAUCAGAAAAUGAGGUCCCACGGGUUGUCCCCAAAACUUACGGAGAGUCCAUGCUGUAUUUAGAUGGGAAGCGACACUUUGCUGCAACCAUGAAGGAGAUCUGACAGGCACUGGGGGCUGCAUCAGCAGUGUAGCAGCCUUGGAAAGAGCUGGCACCAGAGAUGACUACACAAACUUGUACUACAAGAAAAAGAAAACAAAACAAAGCAAAACCCCAAACUUCUCAACAAAAAAUACCUUUUUAUUGCUAUUUAUGUGAUUGCAUAUAUUUGGAUUGUUUAUCCUCUGCUACUAGGAUUUACUGAAAUCUACUUUUACAAGCCAAUGCUAGGAAAAAAGACUGUGGAAAAAAAAUCUUAAGUAUUAGAAGGCUGCUUUUUGCCUGCUCUGAGAGAUCUCAUUAUGACCUCUUCUGUCUUGUCACCAUCUUCCUUCUUUCCCUUAGUAUCUUUCCUUUGUUCUUCCUUGGUCAGGGAUAGAAGUUCUGUCACAAAAAUGUAUGCUGUAAGUAGAUACAUACAAAGCCAUUUGACCUACAUUCAUGUGUAAGUUAGAUUAAUUUUUUUAAGAAGGACACAUGCAUCUGGGCUGUAGCAUAGGCUCAGAAGUUACAUGUGUAUGCAAGUAAAGCAGGUGUUUCCCAUCAACUGGGAUUUUACCAGGUUUUGAAGCUUCUGUUUUGGAUGGUUGCAUGUUCUCUUGGGAGGAAACUGAUUUUUGCAAUGAAAUGAGGUAGCCAGAUGGUCUCUUCUGGCAUUCUGUUUGUAUACAGCCAGUCCUUGCCAGCCUCUUCUAUUUUUGUUUUUUUUUUGGAUGUCGAUGAAAGUUCCUUCAUAAAUUAUUUCUUAUGGCCGACAGAGUGGAGAUCUGAUUGGUGAGAUUGGGUGGAACUGGAAAUGGCAUUGUAGAAAAUAAAGUUUUAAUUUGUUAAGGAAAAAAAAAGGGUAAGGAAAAAGUAAAAGGCUGCUCAGAUGGCAAUGGUUAUGUUUGAUGCUGGAGUUGGUGGUCCAGAGAAUCUGUAUUGAGCAGCUCAUAAAUCAGCUGCUGAAUGGUGGGAGGAUUUUUAUUCCAGUGAGGGGUGGUAAAGCAAGAGGAUAUCCUCCUCAGUUGGAUUAUUUUUCUGGUUCCUUAGUAGACUGUAGAAAAAUAUUAGUAUUACACAGCUUGAAAGGUUGUCAAGUUUACCUGUUAAGGACAGAGUAAUUCCCCACCACAGAGGGGACACCAUGGUGGGAAUAAUUGUGAUACAUAAGUAACAGGAAGAAAGAACUUCAUACUGAAGUGCUUGUGAUGUAGUAAGAAAGUUUUACUAAUCUCCAGGAUCUGGCAUAUAAAGCCCAACAUCAUGAAAGUAGGAAGGUGAACAGAUGGGAAUCAUCAGCUUUUAACAGUGAGGUUGAUUAAGUCACAAGCCCAACAUUUGACUUCUGAUACCUUCAGAUCAAGACUGGUAAUCCUGUCUGAUCAAGACACCUAAAGAGGAGUAGUUUGGCUCAGUGGUAAUAUGAUGUCUUACAAUACAAGAGAAUCACAGAGAAUCACAUAGACUCAGGUUUCCCUGGUAGGUUUAGAAUCUUUUGAAAUCAGGAAGAGGCAAGUAGAAAUGAUGUGAACCAGCAAAGAUGCAUGAAAUGGAUUGAUAAAACAAAGCAACACACUGCCAUUUUAUUUCUGAGUAAGGAAGUUUGAGAAAUUCACAAUUAGAACCAGCUUCCUUUGGUGGUAGGAUCAGGUGAAGUCCGUGGCUUCUAACAGGUGGUUGCUGUUCCUGUGAGGAGAGUGAGCAUCGUAACAACCAGCAUGUCACACACCAGCCUUUCCUUUCCAGGGUUUGUCUGCCUGUAUUUCUGAGGUAGAGAAGCACAGGGGUGUUGCCUGAACAACUCCACACAUGGAGUUUCUCUCUUCUGUCAAACUCCAGUGCUGCUUCAGCUAUAUGAUAUUACAAUCACUUUCUUUAAUGGUUCUGACAGGGUGGAUAUAUAUUAUUUUUUCUGUUUUUCUUCUUUUUAAAACUCUUUGGAAGCUUAAUAUACACUUGACUGACCACACAAAAAAAGAACUAAAUUCUAUCCCAGCUUCUUCCCCUCUUGCUGCAUGGAUCCCAUUUGACUAUUAUAAAGUAAGUUGGAAGGCGGGAAGUGGAGGGAUCUAUUUCAGACCUAUGUAUUAUUCAUGACUAUCUGGAGGUUUUUAUCAUGGGCCUGCUCCUACCUGGUUCAUUUUGUAUAAGAUUUUUAAGUAAAAGAGUUACCAACUUCUUCCUCAGCUGCCUUUUCAGCUGUAUUUAAAUAUAAAUUUAGCAUAAUUUCUAAAUUCAGCCUUCAGGAAGGGAUUGGCGAGAAGAAAAAGAGGUAGUAGAGUAGGGAGCAAGGUGUGACAUCAGAACCUCUGGACACAGUGAAAAAAAUGAAUCCCACAAAUGAAGAUGCUUAAAAGAAUUAGUGUUCAUAAAAGUGUUCAAGGUUCAUAAUAGCUUAAUCACAAAUGACAAUCACAGUAGUUAUAGAAAUAUGUGUACAGUCAUACUGAUUGUGUGUAUAUAUAUAUACAUAUGUGAAAGAUACAAAAUAUAUAUAGUAAUAAACAGAAAUACAUAUAUUACAUGCUUAUUUUUACUCGGAGAAGAUAACUCCAGGCUGCAGUGCUCUCUGAUAAUAGGCUAAAUGUAUCUUUGUUCAAGAGUUAUUAUUUCUGCUUGUGAAUGUGUACCUUUGUGUGCAAGAUAAAAUUGUUGCCAGAUCUCACAUUCUGAACUGAAAUACUUUAACACAGGAAUUAAUGUUGAGUUCAUGCUGCAUCUUAAUAACCAACCUGUUACUGCUGUAAGUGACAAACCAUUACCACACAAGCCUAAAGGUAUUGGUACAAAAUAUUCUUAUUUCUAGUGAACCUAGAAAUUAAUUUUUUUGCAAUUGUGUAAUUGGCUGUGGCUCUGUUGUGGAAAGUAAAUGUUUUUGUGCCCACUGUGUUGGAAGUCUGUGGUAGCUGGAUUGCCUCCCCUGACCUUCUCAGUGUUAAAAAGACUUGUGAGGCUGGCUGAGCUCAGUGCCUGAAGAAGCACUUUAAGUGUUUUUUUACUUUUUCUGUGUUAAAAAAGAAUAAAAUUCAAGUUACUUACUC